AUGUACACUGUACGUCUGCUCCGGACUCUGCCCACACAUGGCUGCCGUGGGCUCAAACCAUGCAAGAAUCGGACGCCCCGCACGAGGCCCUCGACUUCGCCACUCGUCUGUUGCCGGAUUCGCGUCCCAUCGCCCAUGACACGGAUUUGCGUCGAUCGCAGGGACCUGAUUUCGAUCACAACCAACUUCAUUUCGUCAGUGGUCCAUGGCCGGGGUGGCAUAGUCAACGGCCAGAAAGUGAUUCUCGUCCCCGUUCCCCAGCAUUUUGAUACGCGUCCGCGGUCUGAAACGGACUCCCAUCAAAAUCUUCUGGAUAGUCCACGGCCGGAAUUGGAUCCCAUUUCUCAUGAGAUUGCCUCGCGCACGCCGCCUGAAUUGGCUUGUCUUCAAGAUAACAUCUACUUUGACGAUAGCCCAUGGCCGGAGAUCGAAACUCAUCCCAUUCCCGAUGGUAUCAACCCGCAUUCACCCUCUGUUCAACAAGAGCAGCCAUACUCCCCAAACGAACUUCAAAACUCAGGAAGAAAAAGAAAGGAACCCUCCAGGGAUGAUGCUGAGAUUCCUUUUGAAAUCGUCAACUGCGGGCGGCCAGCCAAAAGUGAAAGACAGAUUAUCUGUGAAGCAAUCCGAAGUAUCAAGCAAAUCAAUGGGUGCAGAUUAAUCAGUGACGAACGGGAAGACGAAUACAAGAUUCUUACGAUAAAGGAGGAUCAGAUUUACCGCUUUCUUUCUCAAGUGGUACAGAAAAAAAGAAACAAAUACAACCUUCAUCGAUUUGGUUUGGCCAACCUACUAGAUGUUACACAGGAACAGUAUUCCCAAGUGCAACAAAAAAGAAGGCAGUGUGCUUUGUUACGAUUCAAACGUGAAGCCAACACAAGAAAGCUAAAAUUGUAUGUACUCUACACAGAUCCUGUCAUCUCUGUGUUCAAAGAUUCUAUACUUGAUCUUAAAGAAAGAAUCAAAAGCAAAUACUCUCGCACACAGGCAUCAUACUUACUGAAAGAAUUGCAAUGCAUCCUGAAGACACUACCUAUCUACUUGUUUCACGUAGAUUUGAUCAACACACUCAUUCCAGCUCAAGGUGUGACUACAUUGGAAUCACAAAGGCAAGAAGCUGGUCAGCAGUUUUUCAAGUACAUCCAGGGCCUUAUUGCAAAUCUACACACCGCAAAAGAUACAUUUUGA